AUGGUGCAGACCUAUCAGAGUCCCGUUCGGAUUUACAAACACCCGUUUGAGAUUGUCAUGGCUGCUUACGAGAAGCGUUUCCCCACUUGCCCACAGAUUCCGAUCUUCGUCGGUUCUGAGAUUGUGUACGACUUCAAGAGUGACGAUGGUGCUGUGGAGGUUGUUGAACGAAAGUGCCAGCUCAAUGUGGAAGCCCCUUAUCUCGUCAAAAAGGUAGCCGGUGUUGACUAUGUCUAUUUCAUGCAAAAGAACAGUUUGGAUCGAAGGAAGCGAACUCUGUUCAUCGAGGCCACAAAUAUUUCUUUUUCGCAAAGGAUUGUCGUCAAAGAGGACUGCAAUUAUUACGUACACCCGGAAAACAACGAAUGGACGUGUUUCGAGCAAUCGGCCUCAUUGGAUGUGAAACAUUUCUUCGGAUUCGAGAGUGCCGUCGAGAAGUUGGCCGUUAAGCAAUAUGCUGCGAAUUUGGCAAAGGGCAAAGAAAUCCUUGAAUGCUUCAUUGAAGAUCUCCUCAACUCUGGUGUCACUUACAUUCCACCUUUCACGGAUUCUCAAGAAAACGGGCACAAAGAAUCAAAUGGAGACUCGAUCAGUAUUGGCGAUAGUGCGAUUGAUGUUUCAAAGGAAAAGGACGAAGAUGAAGGACAAAUUACCCUGCGACGUGGAUCUCGUGCCGAUGUCCUCAAAAAGGCCCGCUCCACCAGUAUCGAUGAUCCUGAAGCGAAGCUUGAAGCCGAAUACAUUCGUCGAUUCCUUGGACAACUUUCUCCACUUGAGGAGUCGAGACUCUGUGAGCUGAAAUAUGGUUUACAGGCGUCACACAAGGGAAAGCUGCCCAAUGAUGCGCAUUUGCUUCGUUUCUUGAGAGCUCGCGACUUUGAUGUGCUAAAAGCCAAAGAAAUGGUUCUCAACAGUUUGUUGUGGAGGAAACAACACGGUGUGGACAAGAUUUUGCAGGAUUGGCAGAGACCAGCAAUCAUGCAACAGUUCUUUGCUGGCGCUUGGCAUCACCAAGACAAGAAAGGCCGACCACUGUUUGUUUUGCGUCUCGGGGCUCUCGAUAUGAAGGGUCUAUUACGGGCAUGCGGUUUGGAAGCGAUUGUCAAGUUGACCCUUUCGAUUUGUGAAGAAGGAUUGGAGAAAACUGCACAAGCCACGAAGAAUCUUGGAGUUCCGAUUAGCUCUUGGACUCUUGUCGUCGAUCUUGAGGGUCUUUCGAUGCGACAUUUAUGGCGUCCCGGAGUUCAAUGUCUUUUGAGAAUCAUCGAGAUCGUUGAAGCGCAUUACCCGGAGACAUUGGGUCAAGUGCUUGUUGUGCGAGCUCCGAGAGUGUUCCCAGUGCUAUGGACACUCAUUUCUCCAUUCAUUGAUGAGAACACCAGAAAGAAGUUCAUGAUCAACAGUGGAGAGAAUAUGACAAGCGAGAUCAUGAAAUACGUGGACGAGCAGUACAUCCCAGAUUUUCUCGGUGGUGUUGCUCUGGUGGAUUGUGGAAAUGGUGGCCACGUUCCAAAGAAUCUCUAUCAACCAGUGGAUUAUGAAGCAAAAGAUGAAGGAGAUGUCCUAUCAUCGACUUACACCAAAGGGACUCUAUCGAAGGGUUCACCCAUUGAGGUCUGUGUUCCCGUUUCUUCAUCUGGUUGUGUGCUGACCUGGGACUUCGAUGUGAUCAAGUCAGACUGUGAAUUCUUGGUCUACCACACCAGCAAGAUUAUCACCGAACCAGCUCAACCACAUUCUCCAACGGUAUUGCACCCAGUGGACAUGAUCACUGCAGCUAUUGAGAACGCUCCACCACCAGCCGUGUGCUCUGAUCCAUCACUGAGGCUUGGGCCCGAUCUCACGAUUGUCGAGAAUCCAGUGACUUUCAAUGAAGGGGACAGCAUGCAAGGAUCACACUAUUGCUCAAAGAGUGGAACCUACAUUUUACAAUGGAGAAUACCACAGGUUCCAAUCGAGCACAACUCGUCGUUCGAUUUCUCAUUGAGCGGUCCUAAGUGCAAGUUGAUGUACUAUCAUGAAGUGCUCGAUUCGGCUGAUUUCAGGGGAUCAGUGGCUUCAUUGGAGUCUUGUCGUUCAUCGUUCUCUUCAAUUGCUCCUCCACAUUCGGCUCCUCCAACUCCUGCCACGAAACGAGCUGAG